CCAGUUGGAGGCAGUCGUCGUCAAGCUCUAGAAGUGCCACGGAAGUGACGCAUGUGUUGUUGUAUUUUCAAAUUUAUUAAGCGCCUCGGAUUGUUUGGCAGAUUGGUGUUGAAGGUUAUUUCAGAGGAAUUUAUUUAAUUUUAUUCAACUCAAGUACAGUUCCUAUUCUGACGAUGAAAAAGGCGACUACUGUCAAGGAAUCUGCCCCAGCACACCAUGUCAACUCAGAUGCCAAAGCAGCAGUGCUGAAACCUGUUUGUGACAAUGUUGGCAGCAGAAAGAACGCAAACACAAGGACAUUAAAAGUGCCUUCCACCCGUUAUGGAGUCCAAAAUGAACUAAAGGAACAAAACCAGCUUCUAAUCUCCACCAAUGAAGAACUACAAAAACAUGUUGUCGAAAUGGAGAAUAAGGUAACUCUACUGGAGCAGCAGUGUGGUAAUCUAAAGGGAGAAAACUCGGAAAUGCAGAAGCGUCUGAGGGACUGCCAUACUCUGCUUGUAACCGCUAACAUGGACCCAGUGCUUGGUGAGCGGAUUCAUGAAGCAUCUACUGAGAAUGAAGAGCAGAGGAAGGAGGUUAUGAAUAUUUCCCAUAAUCUACUAAAUGAGCUGGGAAAGUUUGACACUAUGGCAUCGGAUCACAGAGGACAGCUGGAGGAAAUCCAGAACGUCAUGAGGCACCUCAAAGAGGCACGGGAUAAACUGAGAGAAGAGAUGGGCACCGUAAAACUGGAAGUGGAAGAAAUGGAAAGAGAUUUGGAAGAGGCAGAACGGCUGUUACUGGAAUGACAUGACCAGGAGUGUUUUUAUUUUCCAUGUUACAUAUUUCAAUUGAAUCAAUAAAUAUCAUAUAUUUUACAUUUGAA